CCAGACCUGCGUGGUGCACUCCACCAGGAUGCUUGAAGAUGGAAAGAAACUGGAUUCCUCCUGGGACCGAAACAAGCCCUUUAAGUUUAUGCUAGGCAAGCAGGAGGUGAUCGGAGGCUGGGAAGAAGGGUUUGUCCCGAUGGGUGUGGGUCAGAGGGCCAAACUGACUACAUCUCCAGAUUAUGCCUGCGGUGCCACUGGGCACCCAGGCAUCAUCCCACCACAUGCCACUCUUGUCUUCGAUGUGGAGCUUCUAAAACUGGAAUGACAGGAAUGGCCUCCUCCCUUAGCUCCCUGUUCUUGGGUCUGCCAUGGAGGGAUCUGGUGCCUCCAGAUGCGUGCACAUGAAUCCAUAUGGAGCUUUUCCUGAUGUUCCACUACACUCUGUAUGGACAUCUGCCCUGACUGAAUGUGUUGUCACUCAGCUUUGCUUCCGACGCCUCCAUUUCCUCUUCCCCUUUAUCCUCGUAUGUGUGUUUACCUAAACUAGAUGCCAUAAACCUCA